AUGUGCCAGGGUUGUGGCACCGGGGCGCAAUCCGGGGACCUGUCGGGGGCCUGGAUCCCUCCUGGGCAUGGCGCAAGAAGAGCCCGGCACUGCCCAGGCCGCGCGAAUCCGUUUUACGCUUGGACGCCACAGCGCUCUUCGCGCUCGCGGGUGACAAGCUCUUUUUUCAGCCGCCUUCCAGAUUCUUGCAGAAAUAAUUUUAUCACAAGGGACUCGUUGCUGGUUCUGCACCUUGUCUGUUUGCUUCUGGGGACUUGCGACCUUCCUGGGGCAGGGGCAGCAGUGGAAACUGCCUUUAAACCAAAUAUUCUGCUGAUAAUGGCCGAUGAUCUGGGCAUCGGGGACCUUGGUUGCUAUGGGAACAAUACUCUGAGGACCCCAAACAUCGACCACCUUGCAGAGGAAGGCGUGAGGCUCACUCAGCACUUAGCAGCCGCCCCUCUCUGCACGCCCAGCCGAGCUGCCUUCCUCACCGGGAGACAUGCCUUCAGAUCAGGCAUGGAGGCCACCAAUGGCUACCGGGCCCUUCAGUGGAAUGCGGGCUCAGGUGGGCUCCCAGAGAAUGAAACCACUUUUGCCAGAGUCCUACAGCAGCACGGCUAUGCAACUGGCCUUAUAGGCAAAUGGCACCAGGGUGUGAAUUGUGCAUCCCGCAGCGAUCACUGCCACCACCCGCUGAACCAUGGGUUCGACUAUUUCUACGGUAUGCCCUUCACGCUUAUCAACGACUGUGACCCCGCCAGGCCUCCCGAAGUGGAUGCAGGGUUGAGGGCGAGGCUGCAGCAUUACACCCAGAUCAUGGCCUUGGGGAUUCUGACCUUGGCUGCGGUCAGGGCCUGCAGGCUGAUUGCGGUGUCCUGGAGAGCAGUGGCGGGGAUGAGCGGAGUCACGCUGGUGUUUUUCGUCUCAUGGUAUGCCAGUUUUGGGUUUGUGAGGCGCUGGAAUUGCAUCCUCAUGAGAAACCGGGAUGUCACUGCACAGCCCAUGACUCUGGAGACCACAACCAGUCUCAUGCUCCAGGAAGCUGUUUCCUUCAUUGAAAGACAUAAGCAUGGGCCGUUUCUGCUCUUCGUUUCUUUGCUUCACGUCCAUAUUCCCCUGGUCACCACGAAAGCCUUCCUUGGGAAAAGCAGGCACGGCUUGUACGGUGACAAUGUGGAGGAGAUGGACUGGCUCGUCGGGGAGAUUCUUCGUGCCGUGGAUGAAAACGGUCUGAAGAACAUGACAUUCGUGUAUUUUACGUCCGACCACGGGGGGCAUUUAGAAGCAAGAGAUGACCGUGGCACCCAGCUAGGGGGAUGGAACGGAGUGUACAGAGGGGGCAAAGGCAUGGGCGGCUGGGAAGGUGGGAUCUGUGUUCCGGGGAUAUUCCGCUGGCCCGGGGUGCUGCCGGCCGGCCGGGUCAUCCAUGAGCCCACGAGCCUGAUGGACGUUUUCCCCACCGUGGUGCAGCUGGGCGGUGGCCAGGUCCCCCAGGACAGGGUGAUGGAUGGCCACAGCCUGCUGCCCUUGCUGCAAGGGGCUGCCCCACACUCGGCCCAUGAGUUCCUGUUCCAUUACUGUGGGAAGCAUCUCCACGCCGCUCGCUGGCACCAAAAGGACAGUGGAAGAGUCUGGAAGGUGCAUUAUGUGACCCCACGCUUCCACCCUGAGGGAGCAGGGGCCUGCUACGGCCGAGGCGUCUGCCCGUGCUCUGGGGAGGGUGUGAACCAUCACAACCCCCCUUUGCUCUUUGAGCUCUCCAGCGACCCUUCUGAGGCUCAGCCACUGUCCCCUGACUCAGAGCCCCUGUACCAUGCCGUGAUAGCGAGGGUGGCCCAGGCUGUGGCGGGGCACCGGGAGACCAUCAGUCCCGUGCCUGAGCAGUUCUCCACCAGUAACAUCAUGUGGAAACCGUGGCUGCAGCCGUGCUGUGGACAAUUCCCUUUCUGCUCAUGCCAGGAGCACGGGUCUGGCCCCCCGCAACGGCCAGACCUGUGAGAGAGGAAGAGAGAGACUGACCGGGUUGGAAAAUAAAAAUCUCUAAUCUUGA